CUCGGCCCCUAUGUAGCGCCGGCUGCGUUUCAUAUCGACUUAAUACGAUUAGAAUCGAUGUGAUACGAUAUGAUUUUCAAAAGUAAAUAAAAAUAUCAUAACACGAAUAAUAAAUUCAUAGAGAAAAGCGGCAUCUCUUUGCUUCAGAUAUUCACAUUUGUGUGUAGUGAGUUUGAUGAUCUUCGGCGUGCCGAGCACAAACGUUCGCUCUCAGCUAGGUGCCGGUGGGAGACUGUCUAUGUGUUUGUUGCGUAGAUGGCAAUUUUGCUGGUUCAUCUUCGCCGCCUCAUUCUACUGAUGAGCAUCGUCUAUUUGAGCGGCACGGUGAUGCGUCGCCUGCUGAGCGAAUCGCGGCACAACUACUUGCAGCACAUCAAUGGCAAAACGUUUGCCGCCCGGCAUUUGCACUUCCAGGCCUGGGCCUAUAUUUACACCGCCUAUGCCUAUGUGGUCUUGGUCAACUAUGUGAGCGUAAGGCGGCUCACCAAUUUGUUGGAAUUCUUUCUCACCUGAUGAAAACUAUGCGGUUGGUGGUGUGAAUUUGAAAAUGAUUUCAAAAAGUGAGGUUUUAUUUUUAAUGAGUAAAAUGUUGUUGUGAUUUUUAUUUUACAAUACUAUAAAAAUUGGUGAAAUAAUUUUUUAAUAAAAUUAUCUAAAUAACUUUAAAAUUGAUAUUAAA